AAUAGUUUGUGUUCAGCUGAUGCAUUUGAAUUAAAACUGUUUCAAUUAAUUUUUUAACAUAAGGUAUUUGAUCAUAUUGCUGAAAUAUUUAUUUAAUAAAAUCUUCUUUUUGGAAUUAUUUUUUCUUCUCAGGAAUAAUUGUUCUCUUUUGUUGUAAGAAGUUUUGUAAAUGCAAAGAAAUAUAUAUAUAAAAUUGGAGUGAUACAACAUGUACAUCUCAUAAAUAUGGCAACAAAACGAAAGUAUUGAUAAUAAUCAAGUUAAAAAUACCUGGCAGGAGUAGGGAAAAAAAGACAAAAAUGUUUGGAAUCACAUUAUUGCUGACCGUCAAUAAAUUUGUUUUUCCUUCUUUUCUGUAUUUCUAUGUGCUAGCCAUUAUGGGCUUGUUUGAGAGAGAAGGGGAAUUAACUCCAGCCUUGGCUUCUAUGGCGUUAUUGCCACGUAACAGAAAAUGGAUGACAUACCGCAGGGCGACAUGUCGGGCCCAGUACUGGAAGGCCCUGGGGCCAAACGGGAGCUCAAGCCUUUCACCCUGCCCAAACUGUCGUCCUCACAAAUGGACGUGCUUCAGUCAGCCAAAAAAUAUGCCAUGGAGGCCAGCAUCAAGAGUGUGCUUGUGAAACAGACCAUUGCCCAUCAACAUCAGCAAAUGCAGAAUUUCCAGAACACUGUGCAGAGACAGCAGGCUCUGGCUCUCAUGUGCAGGAUCUACGUGGGGAGUAUAAACUUUGAGAUCAAAGAAGACACAAUUAAACAGGCUUUCCUGCCAUUCGGCCCGAUAAAGAGCGUGAACCUCUCGUGGGACCCGAUCACGAACAAGCACAAGGGCUUCGCAUUCAUAGAAUAUGACAUCCCAGAGGCUGCACAACUCUCCCUCGAGCAGAUGAACGGGGUGAUGAUAGGGGGGAGAAACAUCAAGGUGGUUGGCCGUCCUAGCAACAUGCCCCAGGCCCAGCCAAUCAUUGAACAGAUAGCCCAUGAGGCCAAGAACUAUAACAGGAUCUACAUCGCAUCCAUACACCCGGACCUCACCGAGAAGGACAUUGCCAGCGUCUUCGAAGCAUUUGGAAAGAUUGUGAGCUGUAUGUUAAUAAAAGAUCCAACAUCAAAAGGAGGGACAAAACACAAAGGGUAUGGUUUUAUAGAGUACACCAACUCCCAGUCUGCCCAGGACGCUGUGGCCUCCAUGAACCUGUUUGACCUUGGAGGGCAGUACCUUAGAGUGGGAAGGGCUAUCACACCGCCUGAUGUGCUGAUGGCCCCCCAGGUGGCAGGCUUGGGUGCCAUGCCGACUGCAGCAGCGGUAGCAGCUGCAGCUGUCACGGCCAAGAUCACUGCCAUGGACGCUCAGCAGCAACUGCUGCCUCCUGGGGUUGUUACCCCUACCCUGGGCUCCGUGAUGAGCCCCAAGCUGGGCCCACAGGCGGACCUGUCUUUGAUUGGUGGCCCUGGCGUGGUGAUACCCCAGUCCCUGGGGUCCCUGGGCAUGUCCACAGCCAUGGCCAACAUCCCCCCUCCUGGUGUGGUGUCAGCUGUUACACUCAACUCACUGCCUCUAGCAGGGAACCCUGCCAUGAGCAUGCAUGCGGCAAUCACAGCGCUGGUGGAGUCUGAGAAGAGACAGCAUCAGCUGGAGAAGACCGCACAGGAGAAGAAGGAGGAAGAGAAGAAGGCUGCGCAGGCUGACGACGAGGGGAACCAGACCCUCGAACAGCAGGAGACCAUGAAGAUAUCGGGCAGCAACGCCAGGCACAUGGUCAUGCAGAAACUGAUGAGGCAGUCACAGAGUCGUGUGAUGUGCCUAAAGAACAUGGUGGGUCCAGAGGAUCUUGACGAUGAUUUGGAGGCGGAGGUGACAGACGAGUGUGGCAAGUACGGCGUGGUGAACAGGGUCAUCAUCUACCAGGAGAGGCAGGGAGAGGAGGAGGACGCAGAGGUCAUCGUCAAGAUUUUUGUAGAGUUUGCUGACUCCACACAGGUUGAGAAAGGUUGCCAAUCGUUGAAUGGACGGUUCUUUGGAGGCAGGGUGGUGCAGGCAGAAAAAUACGAUCAGGACCUGUUUGAUGCACAAGAUUUAUCUGGGUGAUACAGGAUACCUGUAGAGUGUUAAAACUUGCCAAUCUUGUGUUGAAGACUGUUACAGGACUAUUGAUCUCUCAUACCAGCUUACAGGGAAAAGCUGUAUUGUGAAUGCAUUAUGGAUACAAGCAUGUGUUUGAACCAAAAUAUUGGACAUUUGGAAUUGAUGCUUUGUGCUUUGUAUCGCAUUAUUUAACAUUCGGUACUGAUGGUUUGUGUUUUGUAUCAAAACAUUACACCGUUGGUACUGAAGGUUUGUGAUUUGUACCGAAACAUUUAAUUGUUGGUAUCAAUAGUUUGUGAUUUGUACCAAAAGUUCUAUGGUAUAGAUACUUGAAUUGGUUACAGAGGCUCCUUUAUGGGGAAGUGUGGAACUAUGAUGCUGGAACUUGUAACAGAGGUGCCUGUAAGGGGAAGUGUGGAACUAUGCUUGUAUCAGCACUGUGAAUAGAAAUGUGAUAGUGAAUAAUCUCAUAGUUAAUUGUGCAGCAAAAUACAUGUUCUUCACUUUGAUUCAGUUGUCAGGAAACCUGUAAUGAUACACUUUACAAAUUGUGAAAGGUCAUGUGAUUGAAACAUUGGAAGAGAAAGCGUGCAGCAAACUACUGUUAGACUGGGUAGUAGUAGGACUGUGAAUGCUUAAACACCAAUGGUCUGACCUUGAGAUGGGAGAUGUGCACAUCAUUAUGCAUGCCUGUUAAUGCAGUGCAGUAUAGUGAUGAUAUGGAUUCAUGGAAACUUGUUAUUUGACCUAAGGUUGUAAUGAAUUCAUAGUUGAGUCAAUCAGCAUUCUUAAAUGAUUAUUGUUUCAUAUUUGUAUGCCAAAGCAGAAAUCGUUUCAUACAAUUGUGUUUCUUUGAUGAAAUCUCUUAUUCCAAUUUUUCUGCAGUUGUUAACCUGUGUUAUGUUUUUAUCUGUAUGAUUUCAACUGUAAAUUAUAUUUACAAUUUAUAAAGAAAUCAAACAAUAAUAAUCAAAAAUGAAUUUAGUAAUCAUCAUUUACCAAAGUGUAGCAUGCGCAUUUUUUCCUUAAAGAUGGUAAUGUUCCACAGAUUGUAAAUGCUUUUCUAUUAUAGAAACAGAAUGUAUGCCAUAAUAACAGAUUCCUUUCCAAUGUUAUGAAAACAUCUAAGGCUAAUGUCUGCACCAACUAAGAUAUUCUUUACAAGUACAUUGAUUCAAUACAUUAUAUUUGUUAAAUUACUUGCAUAGUUGUUACUACAUAUGCCGCAAAUAAAAUGUUAUUGAUCA